AUGGACGAUGACAACGGGGAUAGAUUUUUGCAGGCAACAGUUCCUUUGCUUUCAGAGAAUGGCAUCUGUUUUGCCUUCACAAUAAGGACAUUCAAAAUGACUUAUAAGGAUGCAACAAUAAUGUUGCUCUUAAAGCUGCAGGAACAGUACCCAGUACUUGUAGAGAGCAAAGCCAACGUAAUAUUCGUAUAUGGAGAGCCUCCUGCCCUGCAACUUCUGGGAUUGUUGUUGUACAUAGCAGAAGCAUCAUCCUCUCAACAUUUGGGGAAAGUGUGGAUUGUUACAUCUCAAUGGAAUUUUGAAUCACUGAACAUUGAAACAACUUGGGACAUACAAACAUUCCAUGGUGCCAUUUCUUUCACAGUACAUGCAAAACAACCACCUGGUUUCCAACAGUUCCUUCAGACCGUGAGACCCUCUUGGAUGGAAGAAGAUGGCUUCAUCCAAGAAUUUUGGGAACAGUCAUUUGCUUGUUCAAUGAAAUCUUCUGAUCAGCAAGGGGGGAGCAAAGAACCAUGCACGGGGAAGGAAAAGCUGGAGAGCCUUCCUGGGAUUUUCUUUGAAAUGAGCAUGACUGGGCACAGCUACAAUGUUUACAAUGCUGCCUAUGCUGUGGCACAUGCUUUGCACGCCAUGUACAUAUACAGAUACAAACAUAAACGACUGGAGCUCCAUCCCUUCCUACAGAGAAUUUUGUUCAACAACAGUGCUGGAGACAUUGUGCACUUUGAUGAAAACAGGAAACUAGUUACAGGCUUUGAUGUAACAAAUUGGGUCACUUUCUCAAACGGCACUUUUGUAAGAGUCAAAGUUGGAAAACUAGAUCCUUGGGCUCCUCAAGGCCAAGAGUUAACCCUUAACGAGGAGCAGAUUGAGUGGCACAGAAGCUUUAACCAGGUGCUGCCCAUUUCUGUGUGCAAUGACAACUGCCGGCCUGGCUACAGCAGAAAGAGGAAGGAAGGAGAACAAUUUUGCUGCUAUGAUUGUGCUCAGUGUCCAGAAGGGAUGACUUCCAGCCACAAGGAUACACAUGUGUGUGUCAAAUGCCCAGAAGAUCGCUAUCCUAACAAGGACCAAAGUCAGUGCAUUCCCAAGAUAAUAAGCCACCUGUCUUACAAAGAACCUUUAGGAAUCACCUUAGCUAUUCUGGCUGUUUUUUUCUCCCUGAUCACAGCGUUGGUGCUUGGAAACUUCAUAAAGCACCAGGAAACGCCCAUCGUUAAAGCCAACAACCGGAGCCUCACCUACGUUCUCCUCAUCUCCCUCCUCCUUUGCUUCCUCUGCUCCUUGCUCUUCAUUGGACAGCCUGUCAAAGUGACCUGUGUUCUUCGACAGACUGCUUUUGGAAUCAUCUUCUCUGUGGCUCUUUCUAGUGUGUUGGCCAAAACCAUCACUGUGGUUCUGGCAUUCGUGGCUACCAAGCCAGGGUCCAUGGUGAGGAAAUGGAUGGGGAAAAGACUGGCCAAUUCUAUAGUCCUUUCCUGCUCCCUUAUUCAAGCAGCCAUUUGUAUGCUUUGGCUAGGUUCUUCCCCUCCAUUCCCAGCUAGGGACAUGCAUUCAGUGGAUGGGGAAAUCGUUUUGGAAUGCAAUGAAGGAUCCACUGCCAUGUUUUACUUCGUUCUGGGUUAUAUGGGCAUUCUGGCCUUUGUCAGCUUCUUAGUCGCUUUCCUCGCAAGAAAAUUACCGGAUAGCUUCAAUGAAGCCAAAUUCAUCACCUUCAGUAUGUUGGUCUUUUGCAGUGUUUGGCUUUCCUUUAUUCCAACCUACCUAAGCACAAAGGGGGAAAUCAUGGUGGCUGUGGAGAUCUUCUCCAUCUUAGCCUCCAGUGCUGGUUUACUUGGCUGCAUCUUUUUCCCAAAAUGCUACAUCAUUAUUCUGAAGCCUGAGCUGAACAACAGGGAGCAGUUAAUAAGGAGAAAAAAUAAACGAACAUAA